AUGGAGAAAGUUCAAGUCUGCAUCGUUGGAGCUGGUCCAUCCGGUCUUGCCACGGCAGCUUGUCUUAGCAAACUCUCCAUCCCAUAUGUCAUUGUUGAGCGCGAAGAUUGUAUUGCGUCGUUGUGGCGCAAACACACAUAUAAUUGCCUCAAGCUCCACCUUGCCAAGGAGUUCUGCGAGCUACCCCACAUGCCAUACCCCAAUGAUUCACCGACCUACGUUCCCAAGGAUCAAUUUCUAAGGUAUAUGGAUGACUAUGUUGAGAAAUUCCAUAUUUCCCCCAAGUUCAACACUUUGGUUGAGUCAUGCAUGUAUGAUGAGAAGAGUAAUUGUUGGAAUAUCAUGGCAAGAGAUACAGUCAAUGGCACGAUCCUGGAUUAUACAUCCAAGUUCGUGGUUGUAGCAACAGGUGAAAAUAGUGCGGGUAUCAUUCCAAAUAUUGAUGGUUUACAAAGCUUUCAAGGUGAAGCCAUCCACUCAUCAAGUUACAAGUCUGGAAGUGAUUAUGUUGGGAAAAGUGUGCUUGUUGUUGGAUGUGGAAACUCCGGUUUUGAGAUAGCCCGUGACCUUGCAGUCUACGGAGCCAACACCUCCAUCGUCAUCCGUAGUCCGGAGCUGAUCCACUUGGGGAUGAUUCUAGCACGGUGGCCCAUUUCAUUGAGACUAGUAGAUUUUAUUCUCGUGCUCUUUGCACAUAUAUUAUUUGGUGAUCUAUCAAGGUACGGAAUUGUGAGGCCUAAUAUGGGUCCACUCGUUCUAAAAGCAAAAACCGGUCGGUCUGCUAUCAUAGAUGCUGGCACCACCACGCUAAUAAAGAAAGGUGAUAUCAAGGUCUUUGGGCCAAUACAUCGCAUCCGAGGAAAUCUCAUAGAGUUCGAAGAUGGGAAUGAAAGAUACUAUGAUACUAUUAUAUUUGCAACGGGCUACAGAAGCACCACAAAUAUGUGGCUUAAGAAAGACGUGACUAUGCUAAAUAGUGAUGGCAUGCCCAAGAAUGACUUCCCCAAUCAUUGGAAAGGUGCAAAUGGACUCUACUGUGUUGGAUUUGCAAGAAGAGGAUUGGUUGGUAUUGCACAUGAUGCCAAGAUCGUUGCUAGCGACAUCCAAGCCAACAUAGAAAUGAUACUGUUUGAUUAG